AUGCCACUGUGCGGCAGCUCAUCUAGCAAUGGUGGCGCGGGCUUCAGCCGCGGGCGGCCAAUACAGCGCAAGGUCGUAGUCUGCGGAGACGGUGCAUGCGGCAAGACGUCUCUACUAAACGUCUUCACGCGUGGAUUCUUCACACAAGUCUAUGAACCGACAGUCUUUGAGAACUACGUGCACGACAUCUAUGUCGACGAGCAGCAGGUCGAACUCAGCCUGUGGGACACAGCCGGCCAGGAAGAGUUUGACAGACUAAGAUCGCUCAGCUACGCGGAAACGAAUGUUAUCAUGAUAUGUUUUUCGGUCGAUAAUCCCGUCUCGCUGGAGAACGUAGAAUCGAAGUGGAUUGACGAGAUCUUGGAGUACUGCCCAGGAGUCAAGUUGGUUCUCGUCGCGCUGAAAUGCGAUCUACGCGACGAUCCCGCGGUUUUGGAACGCUUGGCGCGGUACGGUCGAGGGACUGUGCAAUAUGAGGAGGGUCUGGCUUGUGCAAGACGAAUACGCGCUUCCCGUUAUCUUGAGUGCAGCGCCAAACACAACCGUGGAGUCUCGGAGGUCUUCUACGAGGCGGCACGAGUAUCGCUUGCAACGCGGGGAAAGGACUCAGGUGGCGGCUGCACAAUCAUGUGA